UUUCAUUCUCUUUUUCCAUUCAUUCCGUUUAUUUUUUGUUGCCACAAAAUGUCCCAACAACAACAAGAAGCAUUGUUGAUCAUUAAAGAUGGACCAACAUUCCAAGGAAUAUCAUUCGGUUAUCAGGAUAAAUGUGUUGCUGGUGAAAUUGUUUUUCAAACCGGUAUGGUCGGUUAUGUUGAAUCGAUGACUGAUCCAUCUUAUCAUAAACAAAUUCUUGUUUUUACAUAUCCAUUAAUCGGUAAUUAUGGUGUACCAAAUGAUCAGGAACCAAAAUUGGAUGAAUAUAAUCUGCCCGUUGAUUUUGAAUCGAAAAAAAUAUGGCCAGUUUGUGUGGUUAUGAGUGAAUUAUCCUCCAAUUAUAGCCAUUGGAAUGCAUAUCAAUCACUGGAACAAUAUCUAUUGAAAAAUUUUGUUACCGGCAUUCAUGGUAUCGAUACUAGACAAUUGACAAAAUAUCUUCAGGAUAAAGGUUCAACAUUGGCGAAAAUUGUUUAUAAAAAACAAACAAUUAUUGAUUUUCCAUUCUAUGAUCCAAAUACCGAUAAUUUAGUUGAUGAAGUUUCUGCGAAAAAACCUACAAUUUUUAAUGAAAAAGGAUUUCCAAAAAUAUUGGCCAUUGAUUGUGGUAUUAAAUAUAAUCAGAUUCGUUGUCUAGCACGGCGUGGUGCUCGUGUAAAAGUUGUACCAUGGAAUUGGCCAUUAGAUAAAGAAGAUUUUGAUGGACUUUUCAUUAGUAAUGGUCCAGGUGAUCCAUCAUUUUGUGAUAAAACUGUUGAAAAUAUCGCCAAAUUAAUUGAUGGUGAACGACCAAUUUUUGGUAUUUGUCUUGGACAUCAAAUUCUUUCUCGUGUGGCUGGUGCUAAAACCUAUAAAAUGAAAUUCGGUAAUCGUGGCCAUAAUCAACCGGUAUUAUUUUGUGAUCAAAUAAAAUGUUGUAUAACAUCACAAAAUCAUGGUUUUGCUGUGGAUGAAAAAUCAUUAUCGUCGGAUUGGCUGCCAAUAUUUACUAAUGCAAAUGAUCAUUCCAAUGAAGGUAUUGCACAUCGUACGAAACCAUUUUUUUCCGUACAAUUUCAUCCAGAACAUAUGGCCGGACCUGAAGAUAUGGAAUUUUUAUUCGAUAUUUUUAUUCAAUCAAUAAUUGGCUAUAUGGAAGGAUCAAAUCAUAUUCCGAUAAAGGAAAAAAUUGCUCAAUUUCUCAAUCAAUCAUCUUCGAUUGAAUAUUCACCCGAAAUUUGUCGAUCAAAUUAUCCAAGAAAAGUUCUUAUACUUGGUUCGGGUGGUCUUUCAAUCGGCCAAGCCGGUGAAUUUGAUUAUUCUGGUUCACAAGCUAUCAAAGCAUUGAAAGAGGAAAAAAUUCAAACAGUUUUAAUUAACCCGAAUAUUGCUACUGUUCAAACAAAUCCAGGAAUGGCUGAUAAAAUCUAUUUUCUACCAAUAACAAAAGAAUAUGUUGCCGAUGUAAUCAAAAAUGAACGACCCGAUGGAAUAUUUUUGAUGUUUGGUGGACAAACUGCUUUAAAUUGUGGCAUUGAAUUGGAAAAAAGUGGUAUAUUGGAACAAUAUAAUGUUCGUGUGCUGGGAACACCGAUCAAAUCGAUAAUCGAUUCGGAAGAUCGAAAAAUUUUUGCCGAAAAAGUCUCGCAAGUUGGUGGUGAAGUUGCACCAAAUGAAGCUGUAUAUUCAGUAGCUGAAGCAUUGGAAAAAGCAGAAAAACUUGGUUAUCCAAUAUUGAUUCGUUCGGCAUAUGCAUUGGGUGGUAUGGGUUCAGGUUUUGCAAAUAAUUCCGAUGAAUUAAUUAAAUUAGUUAAACAAGCACUGGUUCAUUCAUCACAAGUAUUAAUGGAUAAAAGUUUAAAAGGAUGGAAAGAAGUUGAAUAUGAAGUAUUACGUGAUGCAUAUGAUAAUUGUAUUACAGUAUGUAAUAUGGAAAAUCUAGAUCCAUUAGGUAUACAUACUGGUGAAUCGAUUGUUGUUGCACCAAGUCAAACAUUAACUAAUCGUGAAUAUAAUAAAUUACGUACGAUGGCCAUAAAAGUGGUUAAAUAUUUAGGUGUUGUUGGUGAAUGUAAUAUUCAAUAUGCAUUGAAUCCAUAUUCGGAAGAAUUUUAUAUUAUUGAAGUUAAUGCCCGGCUAAGUCGCAGUUCAGCAUUAGCAUCCAAAGCUACUGGUUAUCCAUUAGCAUAUAUUGCUGCAAAAGUUGCCCUAAAUAUACCGUUAUCAUGUUUAAUGAAUAGUGUUACUGGAUCAACAACAGCAUGUUUUGAACCAAGUUUAGAUUAUUUAGUUGUUAAAAUUCCAAGAUGGGAUUUGGGAAAAUUUACCAAUGUUAGUCAUUUGAUUGGUAGUUCAAUGAAAAGUGUUGGUGAAGUAAUGGCUAUUGGUCGAAAUUUUGAAGAAGCAUUUCAAAAAGCAUUACGUAUGGUUGAUGAAAGUGUUAUGGGCUAUGAAACCAAUCUAAAACAAGCAACCAACGAAGAAUUAGAAUGUCCAACUGAUAAACGAAUAUUUGCAUUAGCAGCAGCAUUAGAAGCUGAUUGGAAAAUUCAACAAUUACAUGAUUUGACUAAAAUUGAUUUAUGGUUUUUGUAUCGUUUAAAAAAUAUUAUCGAUUUUCAAAAAUAUUUAAAAUCAUUGAAAACAUUAUCGAAUGCGGAUCUGAUACGGGCAAAAAAACUUGGAUUUUCCGAUAAAUUCAUUGCACAUUGUGUUGUUAGUCAUGAAUUAAUGAUACGAAGACAACGUAUUGAUAAUAAUAUUCGACCGUUUGUGAAAAAAGUUGAUACCGUUUCCGCUGAAUGGCCAGCAACAACAAAUUAUCUUUAUCUUACCUAUAAUGCCACUGAAUCGGAUAAUACUGAUAUUUUGGCCAAUAAUGUUGGUGGUAGUAAUGCUGUUAUGGUAUUGGGCAGUGGUGUUUAUCGUAUUGGUUGUUCAGUUGAAUUUGAUUGUUGUGCAGUUGGUUGUGUACAAGAAUUGGCCAAAAUGAAUAAACAAACAAUAAUGGUGAAUUGUAAUCCAGAAACAGUUAGUACCGAUUAUGAUAUGUGUGAUAAACUUUAUUUUGAAGAAAUAUCAUUCGAAACUGUUAUGGAAAUAUAUGAUAUGGAAAAACCUGAAGGUAUUAUACUAAGUAUGGGUGGACAAUUACCAAAUAAUAUUGCUAUGGAUUUAUUUCGACAAAAGGCCAUAAUACUUGGUACAUCACCCGAAUCAAUUGAUAGUGCUGAAAAUCGUUUUAAAUUUUCCAGAUUAAUGGAUGAAGUUGGCAUUAUGCAACCACAAUGGAAAGAAUUAACCGAUAUUGAACAGGCGAAAAAAUUCUGUUCUCAAGUUGGUUAUCCAUGUGUUAUACGGCCAUCAUAUGUAUUAUCAGGUGCAGCAAUGAAUGUUGCAAAUUCGGAAAGAAAUUUAGAAAAUUAUCUUAAUGAAGCAACUGCUGUCAGUAAAGAACAUCCUGUGGUUAUUUCAAAAUUCAUUAAAGAAGCAAAAGAAAUUGAUAUUGAUGCUGUUGCACAAGAUGGAAUGUUGAUUGCAAUGGCCGUAUCUGAACAUGUUGAAAAUGCUGGUGUUCAUUCAGGUGAUGCUACGCUGGUUACACCGCCACAAGAUUUAAAUAAAGAAACAUUAACCAAAAUUAAGAUAAUUUGUGAAAAAAUAGCCAAAGCAUUGGAAGUUAAUGGACCAUUUAAUAUGCAAUUAAUAGCUAAAAAUAAUGAACUUAGAGUUAUUGAAUGUAAUCUUCGAAUAUCACGUUCAUUUCCAUUUACAUCGAAAACAUUGGAUUGUGAUCUAGUUGCAUUGGCCACACGUGUUAUAAUGGGUAUUCGUGAACAACCUGUUGAUUUGUUGGGCAAAAUAUUGAUCGAUGAUGGUCGUGGUACAAACAACAACACCAAUAAUAUUCAUUGUCGACGGGUUGGUGUUAAAGUUCCGCAAUUUUCAUUUUCACGUUUAAGUGGUGCCGAUGUUAUGUUGGGUGUUGAAAUGGCAAGUACUGGUGAAGUUGCUUGUUUUGGUGAAAAUCGUUAUGAAGCAUAUUUGAAAGCAAUGAUUAGUACUGGAUUUCGUAUACCGAAAAAAAGAAUAGCAUUAAUUUCAAUUGGUACACAUAAACAUAAAUCAGAACUAUUACCAAGCAUACGAACAUUACAUCAUAUGGGCUACCGGUUAUAUGCUACAUUAGGUACGGCUGAUUUCUAUAAUGAAAAAGAUAUCCCAGUUGAAGCAGUAGAGCUACCAUUUUUGGAAGAUGAUGCCAUACCGAAUCGUACGAAAAUCAAUGAUAUUGCACAAUAUUUAUCGAAAAAGGAGAUUGAUUUAGUUAUUAAUCUACCGAUGCGUACAAGUGGUGCAAGACGUGUAUCAACACUUGGUUAUCGUUAUCGAAGAUUUGCUGUCGAUUAUGCCAUACCAUUAAUAUCGGAUGUAAAAUGUGCCAAACUGUUAGUAGAAGCAUUAAAACUUAUUGAUAAUAAUCCACCAUUAAAAACACAUAUCGAUUGUUUAACAUCAAGAAAAAUUAUUCGUUUACCUGGUUUGAUUGAUGUCCACGUUCAUUUACGAGAGCCAGGUGCACCGGAAAAAGAAGAUUUUGAAUCCGGAACGGCUGCAGCAUUAGCCGGUGGUAUAACAUUAGUUGGUGUUAUGCCAAAUACACGACCACCGAUUACAAAUCAAGAAACAUUGCAACAAGUAUUAAAUCUAGCACAAACAAAAGCAAAAUGUGAUUAUGCAUUAUUUAUGGCUGCUACUAAUGAUAAUUCGGAUGAAUUGGCCCGAAUUGCAAGACAAACUCGAUUUAUGGCUGUAAAAAUGUAUCUGAAUGAUACAUUUGGACAAUUACGACUCGAUUCAAUGAUUGAUUGUAUGAAUCAUUUUGAAAAAUUACCCAAAAAUGUUUUGAUCUGUGUUCAUGCUGAACGACAAACAGCAGCAAUGGCAAUAUUAUUAUCACAGCUAUAUGAUCGUCAUGUACAUAUCUGUCAUGUUGCACGUGAAGAAGAAAUCUUAUUGAUUAAAAAAGCUAAAGAAAAAGGAAUCAAUGUUACAUGCGAGGUGACACCACAUCAUCUAUUUCUUUGUGAAGAUGAUUGUAAACAAAUCGGUAUGAAUCGAUCGAAUGUUAAACCAAAUUUGGUAACGGCAAAAGAUCAACGUGCAUUAUGGGAAAAUUUAUCUGUUAUCGAUGUUUUUGCUACCGAUCAUGCACCACAUUUAGUUUCGGAAAAAGAUUCCGAUCAAGCACCACCAGGAUUUCCCGGUUUAGAAACAAUGUUAGCAUUAUUAUUGACAGCUGUGCGUGAAGGUCGUCUUAAAUUGGAUGAUGUGAUCAAAAGAUUAUAUAAUAAUCCAAUGAAAAUAUUUGAUCUACCUGAUCAACCGGAUACAUAUGUUGAAGUUGAUUUGGAUGAAGAUUGGAUUAUACCAACGGCAAUGUCAUUUACUAAAUCACGUUGGACACCAUUUGCCGGACGAAAGGUUUAUGGCCGUGUUAGACGUAUUGUUUUACGUAAUGAAGUUGCAUUUGUUGAUGGUAAUAUUCUAGUGGAACCGGGAUUCGGUCGAAAUAUUCUACAAACAAUGGAUGCUAAUAAAAUUCAAACUUCCAAUUUACAUCAAUCAACAUCAUUGAAUAUUGAAACAAAUGUUGUUGAAGAAACAUUGUCGGAUCAUAGUGGUACUGAUCAUCAUCAUCACCAUCAUCAUCAAGAUCUUCAAAAUAAAAUGAUUCCAAAAUUAUCAUCAUCAUCAACAUUACAACAACAAACAACAGAAAUAUAUUUGGAAAUGUUUAAAGAACUUGGUAUUAAUGAUAAAUCAUAUUCACCAAGAAUACCACAAAUAUUAUCCAUAUCACAAUCACAUGGUUUAUCCGGGAAAAAUAUUCUUUCGGUUAAAGAUUUUAACCGAGAACAAUUACAUGAAAUAUUUAAUCUAGCACAUAAAUUACGUAUAUGCGUUGCAAAAGAAAAACCAUUAGAUCGUAGUAAUGGUGAAUCGCCAAUAGCUGUUGAAACAAUUUUAAAAGGAAAAUUAAUGGCAUUAAUAUUUUAUGAAGUUAGUACACGAACAUCAUGUUCAUUUGCUGCAGCAAUGCAACGUUUAGGUGGUGGUAUUAUCUAUAUGAAUGUUGAAACAUCAUCCGUACAAAAAGGUGAAACACUUGAAGAUUCUGUUGCAAUGAUGUCUAAUUAUUCGGAUGUUGUUGUGUUGAGACAUCCGCAAAAAUUGGCUGUACAACGUGCAUCGAAAGUUUGUUUGAAGCCAAUCAUCAAUGCUGGUGAUGGUAUUGGUGAACAUCCAACACAAGCAUUAUUAGAUAUAUUUACUAUUCGGGAAGAAAUCGGUACCGUUAAUAAUUUAGUGAUAACACUUUGCGGUGAUUUAGCUAAUGGUCGUACUGUACAUUCAUUGGCACGUUUAUUAACACAUUAUCAAAUUACACAGAUGAAUUAUGUAUCACCACCACAAUUACAAAUGCCUGAUGAAGUUAAAGAAUUUGUUCGUUCGAAAAAUAUCAUUCAAAAAGAGUAUGAUUCGUUGGAAUCAAUUCUUUCGGAAACUGAUGUUCUUUAUAUGACUCGUAUACAACGUGAAAGAUUCCAAGAUAUGAAAGAAUAUAAAAAAUAUUGUGGAAUGUAUAUUAUAACACCACAAUUGAUGACCAAAGCUAAAAAACGUAUGAUUGUAAUGCAUCCAUUACCAAGGGUUAAUGAAAUAUCACCCGAUUUCGAUAAUGAUCCACGUGCUGCAUAUUUUCGUCAAGCUGAAGGUGGAAUGUAUGUUCGAAUGGCAUUGUUAGCUAUGGUUCUUGGUAAAGUUUAACCAUACACCGUCAUAAAAGAACCGAUAUUUUACUGCCG